UUCGAAGUGGACACCAUUUUGUUUUUCGUGAAAAAAAUAGAAUUCAACUCGAAGAAGUUCAAGGACUGAUUGGAUGAAAAAUGCUAAAAAUCAUAAGUUAUUUAACAAAAUAAUAAAGAAAUUUGUGAGAGUGUUACUUGGAACUAAGUGUUUAUUGGUUUAUGCGUAUUUUUCAUCGGUUUAAUGCAGCAAGACACGAGUUUUGUUCAAUAUUGUUUUACGAAUGACGUCAGAUUACCAGAAUUCAAGGUCCUAAGUAAUUUAGGUAAUUAAAAUGUCCGUGCAGCAGUUCUGUUUGCGCUGGAACAAUCAUCAGCCGAAUUUCAUAUCAGUGUUUUCGUCGCUUUUGCAUAAUGAAGCACUCGUUGACGUCACAUUAGCUGCUGAAGGAAGACAUUUACAAGCCCACAAAGUGGUCUUAUCGGCUUGCAGCUCAUAUUUUCAGUCACUAUUUACUUCAAAUCCCUGUCAACAUCCAAUUGUCAUACUUAAAGACGUUCAGUACAAUGAUUUAAAAACUAUGGUCGAUUUCAUGUACUAUGGCGAAGUUAACGUAUCUCAAGAGCAAUUGCCGCAUAUCUUAAAAACGGCAGAAAUGCUUAAAAUCAAAGGACUCGCCGAAAUGCCCGAUCCAGUCACACUAACCAAAUCCGAAAAUAAAUCAUCCGAUCAAGCAGAUUCAGUCGCACCGAACAGUGUUCAUGAAUCGAUGUGGGGUAGCACCGAGUCUCAGCAACAAUUUCAUCAACAACAACAACCGCAACAUCAGCAACGACGAUCGCCGUCGCCGGGUACAAUGUCACCAUCGGCAGCUCGGCGAAAACGUUUACGAAAAUCAUCAACCGGUUCAGGAUCUGCGUCGACAGAACGAACGUCAGAAGAACACAGUAGCAUUGAAGGUUCGUCGGGUCUAAAUAUGUCGCAAUCGCAAAUGGAUCAGAUGACUGCAUUUGGGCCGGCCCCAACAAAUUUAUCCUCGCAGCAUAGCCUAUCGAAUCCCAAAAUGAUGAAAGAAAGUUUAAGUACGGAAGACAUACCCCAGCACGACUCGUCACAGGAAAGCAUCGAAGAGGUGCACCAUGGCCAUCAUCAUAUUCAUCAAAAUAUAAUUAAAACGGAUAACGACAUGUCAGGAAUGUCCCAGCAAAUGCCUAUCGAUAUAACCAGUCCGACCACACCGUCUGAUCAUGGAUCGAAUGUUAGUUGCCCACAAUCACAGCCAUCUCAUUCGGGUGUGCAAUGGACCGUAGUCGACUCGAACUAUCCAAGAUUUGCAUUGUCAUCGUGUCAAACGAAUGUUGGUGGUAUGUCAGCGGGAGGAAAUCACAACAAUCCCAAUGAAAGUCAACAUAGUACGAGCAACACAUCCGCCAAUUCAGCAACAUCGUCGAAUCACGCACAAAUGCACUACCAAGGACCAUCCUAUUCGCCACAGAUAAUCUCGGGAAACAAUUCGAACAUGGUACAAUCUGUGUACAGUGAAGGACCCACACCAAAUCAGUCCCCUGUGCAACAGCAUCAACAACAACAGCAACAGCAGCAACAACAACAGCAGCAACAGCAACAGCAACAACUGGUUAACCAAACAGGGAAUACAAGCGGUAGUUCGACUAGUGGAACACAGCCGGCACCGCAAAAGCGAAAACGUUCGGUUAAUCCACAAGGUGACGAAAACUUUGUACGUGCAUUAGAGGCUGUACGGUUCGGCGGUAUUGGUUUCUGUAAGGCAGCUCGAAUGUAUGGUGUCAACAAUCGAACACUAUGGUUAGAAUACAAGAAACGCGGUUAUCCAAUCAGUCGGCCGAGCAUAAAAAAUCGCAUCAAACUUGAACCAAAUAUGACACCGCCGCCAUCAUCAACACCCACCAACGAAGAAAAUACAUCCAUGGAAACGUACGAGCACAUGUCACAAUCAUCGUUGAAUAUGACUGUUCCACCGCCAGCUGAUACACCGACAUCGUUGAUGUGUCCACCCCAUGCCCAUCCGAUGGGCGUUAUGAGCUUCUUAGACACUAGGCACGUUGAAUUCACACCGACAAUUCAUCCGAUGUCCCGUCAACGAUUCACUGAUGGUGCCGUCAACGUAAAUCCGACCGCAAUGAAUUUGCAAGGAUUGAAUUUUAACUCAAUGUAGAAAGUGACUGUGACCUAAUACGAGAGCAUCGCGCAUUUUAUUUCACAUUUUAUCACUGCAUCAAUGGCCAUAGUUAAGUGUUAUUUGUGGAGUUUUAAACUAGAGAAGCAAAAAAAUGAAAGAAAAAAAAACAGUUUUUUUAACCGUAGUCUAGGGAUGGAUAAGCUUUUUUGUCUCUUCAUUUUUAUUUUUUAUUAUUUUUUUUUUUGUUAUUGUUUAGCUAAGGUGAAUCGAUACGAGAUUUCUACAACUAAAUUUAAAUGACGAAGAUCAAUUGUAAAUGUAUUAAGUACGAAGUGAAGACGGUGUGUGAGACGACAUGAAAAACUUAUAACCAGGAAACUGAUGAAAAGUGAUACUCACAUUCGUUUAAAAAUAAUAAAACGAAAAAAGAAAGAAAUUGAAAAGAAAGCGCGCGAUUGAUAUUGACAAUAAACAGUGGACUGAGAAAAAAAAAAUUGAAACUUUUUACCAAGAGAAAAUACGAUUUAAUGUGCGGAUUCAAAUUCUAACGAUUCAAAAGGACGGUGCUUAACACUUGCUUUAAAUACCUAUAAGUGAUGUAGGGGAAAUGUUAAAUUCGUAGCUUCUAGCAUCAUCGCAAUGUAAUUGUUUUUAUUUGUUUUUUCAACGGAACAGUUUUUUUUUCCUUCCACUCGGAAUAAAUAUGAAGAUUUCGUAGAGGUGUGUAAGAGUAUCCGAUGGCCUGAUUUCCUUGUGAAAAUAGAAGUCUCAAAAGUUCAAAAAAGCUACACUCACAGCUUCAAAUCCUUUGUCUUUUGACACGUUAGUAUACGUUUUUCGAACUUUUGAGACUUCUAUUUUUACCCGGGAACUGGCUGCUCACAGUGUUUUUACUCACCCGGUAAAUUUAGUAAUUUGAUGGAACUUUUUGUUAUCGAUAUCCUCAAACUACCACCAGGGCCCAUGUUCGAAAUUUUAGAAGUCGGUCGGCUCAGCUACACUAACAACAGAAUUGUAGCCACUGGAAGGGAUAUUCUCCCCGCACAUCACAGUGCCAGAAAGCUAAAUUCUUUCUACUGAGAAUGAAACACUUAUUUCGGGCUUGUUGCCCUUUCAACGUUCAUGUUUAUUCUGGUUUUACUUCUUACAAACACCUUGUAUUUAUACAUUUGUUCCAAGGCCAUAUGAAUUGUCAAAUUUCAUUUGUCAAUUGUCGUUGUUCGGGUUGUCAAAGUUCGUGUUUACAGUUACUUGGAACAAACCUAUAUCAAAGUUUUGUCUACUUCGAUCAUUUUCAUUUCAAGAGGUGACUUGAUUCAUUUCUACUUAGACCAGUGAUUUCUGAACACUCCCAUCUGUGGUUUUCGCACGAAGGAACGAAACCACACUUUCCAAAUCCACGGUCUCACGAUCUUUGUUUUAUAUUUUCAUUUUGCCAAAGCCAGAUUACUUAAAUCCCGCUUAACCAUUGACUCCUCCGGAUGAGACUUCCUAGUUGAGUGGACAAUUUCUUUACAUCCAAAAGGCGCAUCGGGCUAAUUGGCUGAAAAAGGCCAAAGAUGCACGUUUUCGGACCAAAGUAACAAAAAGUUCGUUGAAAAACUGUUCCAAUUAAAUUUGUUUUGAAAUUGAAAUUCACACCAAUUCUGUUAUACCAGUGAUCCAUAGCUUUAUGUCCUGUAGAAACUCUCUUUUUUUCCUUUCGUUUAUUGUGACUUCAACGUUUACAACGAUUUUUUUUAAAUAAUUUCGUAGACGGAAUUUUGUUUAUCAAACGAGUAACUUUUUAAACGGUUUAUGGUUUUGAGACUUUCACCUCCUCCUCCCACAUCACACAUACACACAGACACCACAUUAUGUUUGGAUGAUUGUGAAACAUACAAUUAAACAUUUUUCCGCGUUUACUGUGACUGAAGAUUUUCAAAAUUUUAAUUGAAAUGUUAGAGAGAAGAAGAAAAAAAACGGACUGUCGUUACCAACCGCGAUUUAUGAAGAAAAUAACUUAUAAAUUUAGCUGAUGCAAAAAAAAAUCUGGAAAAUUAAACCGAUAAUGAUGAAGGGAGUUAAUCAAAAUGAAUUUAAAGAAAUUGAAAAAUGAAAAUUUAAAAAUUAAAUUCACUUUAAUCAUCGUACUUAACUGUUACAACAAUAUACCAACAUUUUUCAAAUUUAAAUUUAAAAAGAGAAAAUUUAAUUUGAAAAAUUUUUGAACAUCUAAUAUUUAGAAUGAACAAGGUCUAUGGUAUGGUAUAUGAAUAAAUAAAUAAAUAAAUUUGAAAAUGGAAAUUGAAUAAUGAAGAAGAAGGAGAAGAGAGAAAACAUUUUUUGUAUCAUAAAUUCCUCCCAAAUAAAAAAAAAAUCAUACUAAGUGUAUAGACGUAACAUUAUCUGUAUGUAUAUUUAGAUUAAUUAUAUUAAAAAAGCAAGAAAUAAUAAAGGAGAAUAAAUAAAUGAAAAUUAAAUAAAUGAGAUAACAACAACAACAACAAACCUGAAUUUAUAUUGUCUAAGAAAAAAAUGGAAUUACGCGAAAUCGGGACAUUUUAACAAAAAAACAAAAACAAAAUUUACCAAAUAAGUAAAAUUUAAAGGGAAAAAAAGAAUAAAAAAAGUUCUUCAAAAUCCAACUAACAAACAAAAAAAAAAUCAUUAAUUUUUGUAGUUUCUUCCACUUAUAUACCGAAGUAAACGCGUUUUUGUAAGAUAAUUCAGACUUUCAGACUAUUGAAAAUAAGUAAAAAAAAAAGAAAAUCACUCAGUCGGUUAUACACACACAUACAGAAACUGAUUAGGGGUCUUUGCAUAAUCACACACACAAAAACAAAACUUUAAAGAAAAACUAAUGAACACAAAAUAAUAAAAUUAAAGAAAAAAAAUGGAAAAAAAACUUAUUAAUCAAAAGAAAAUCAGUAGAACAAAAAUGUUGUGUAAAAAAGAAAUGACUGGAGAGGAUAAAAGCGAAUUAUGUUAAUGUUGUUUGUCUCUUUAUAAACUCAAUCCACACACACACACACACACACACACACUCUUGAAUUUUCAUGAAUUAAAAGCAGAUUAUUACAUAAGUGCAACUUGAAAAAUAAUAUUUUGGUUUUACGUUUUGUUCUUCUUUUUAUUUUUCGUUGGAUUAAACUGUGAAAAAUAAUUAUUUUUUUCUAAUUUCGAGUAUAUACUGAAAGAGGGUUUGAAUCAAUUGUGACCAGUCCUAAAAUCAUUUUAACAAUUGUAAAGAAGAAAACUAUUUAAAAAGAAAAGAAAAAAAGAAAAAUCAAACAGAACAACAGUGUCCGUGUAAUUAUGAAAUAUAUUAUAAUGAAACAAA